GAGUUACUCUCGGGUUUCUUCCUGAGAAUUGUGCACUUCUCGUCUUGAUUUCUUACACCAGGGCUCUACCUUUCCUGCUAUCCUUCACUUGAACAUACUGUCUUCCGUUGGCCUAUCACCCGCCUCACGAGGGCUGUUCUGCUCAUGGCACCUACAUUGACCGGCGCUAUGAAUAAUGCAAGCAAGAGGAAGGCUUCCGCGGCCGGUCUGCCCACUGCUGGCAGGACAGUUAAACGAAGAGCGUCCAAAGCUUGUCAUUGUUGCAGAUCGAGGAAGGUGCGUUGCGAUGUCGUCGAGAGCGGCAUACCUUGUACGAAUUGCAGGCUCGACGAAGUAGAAUGCAUAGUCACAGAAGGGAAGCGGAGGAGAAAAUCGUAUGCGGACGGAGAAGUCCUCCACCAUUCUCCCUGUACUUCAAUCGAGGAGGAAAAGGAGCCGCCAAAGUUCUCGAUAUUCGAUGAUAUCGACGGAUUGGAUGACUUUGCUCCUGCCUUGUCCACUGCCGAGCCGGCACAAAAUCUAAAUGCGCUGGAAUUUGAGCUCAGUCACCACAAACCUCAUAUGCUGUAUCAAACGCAGGGUCACCGGCUGAGUCGGGACGAGAGGACGAGACGGAUGUCUGCGAUAAGCACAAGACCUCUUCCAACGCCGCUUCCGUUGUCAUCUGGUCCCGGAUACUUCACUCAGCUGACUCCUCAUCUGAUGAUUCGGCCGGACAUUAUUCUGCCACCAUACAUCAAGCCGAUCCCGCAAAGGAUUGCCACUGAAGAUCUCGAGUAUCUCCAGAGAAAGGGUGCCUUCAUCAUUCCUGAACCCGGUCUACGCAACGAACUUCUUCGGUGCUAUGUACAAUAUGUCCACCCUUAUCUACCGCUGCUCGACCUCCAAGAUUUCCUCGCUACAAUCGCAAAAGACCAACCAACCGACACGGUCAGUCUCCUGCUGUUCCAGGCUGUUAUGUUUGCUGCCACCGCAUACAUAGAUAUGCGGUACCUGGUGGCACAGGGCUAUGUGACACGAAAAGCAGCCCGGAAAGCCUUUUUCCAAAGGGUCAAACUCUUGUAUGAUUUCGACUAUGAGGUCGAUCGUAUCACGAUCGUCCAAGGCGUUUUGCUGAUGACCUACUGGUACGAAAAUCCUGACGACCCCAAGGACGUUUGGCAUUGGUUGGGCGUUGCAAUUUCGGUAGCCCGCACAAUCGGCCUCAAUUGCGACACGUCGAAUGCACCAUUGAUGACUUUGCAGAAACGCCACCUUUGGAAGAGGAUCUGGUGGUGCUGUUUCAUGCGAGACCGCCUGAUUGCUAUUGGCAUGCGCCGUCCAAUGCGAAUCAACACCGGAGAUUCCGAUGUUCCGAUGCUUGAACUGGCGGAUUUUGAGACCGACCCUCUUCCCACGGAGCUGACCAGAAUGCUCGGAGGGUGUCCGACAGCGAAAGACAGUCUCAAGCGGGUCACGUUGGCCAAAUUGUGCAUUGCACUGGCCCAACUGUGCGUGUGUAUCAGCCAAGUCCUUGCUGUACAGUAUUCCACCCUUGGCCACAAGAUCGGUGCCACACAAGAGACGACUAUGAGACUGGUACCCAAGAAAUCCGCGGCAGACUCAUGCGAUGUGAUCCGAUGUGAUCGUGAGCUGGAGGCAUGGUUCACGGACAUGCCUGAAGACCUUCACUAUUUCGUUCCCGGCUCUCGUGAUCCAACGACGGCCGUCGAUGGCGAAGUCAUCAAUGUGCACCGUGCACUCUUACAUGGUGUUUAUCUCACAGUCAUCAGCGCUCUGCACCGUCCACAGAUCUUGCCUUCUGCUCCGGACGUCGUCGUGGCUCCGGAGCUUCGGGAUCUGUCUAAAAGGAGGGUCCGUGAGGCGGCCAAUGAUAUUACCGACAUGUAUAGGAAUCUCUUUACUCACGAUCUGAUACGAUUCUUGCCGAACACUGGUGUCACCUGCCUCCUUCCUGCCAUUAUCAUCCACCUCCUUGAUAUCAAGUCGCCAGACAGCGAGAUUCGACAAGCAAGCGUCCACAAGUUUCAAGUUUGCAUGCAAGCGUUGCAGCGGCUUCGCGAAAUGUACGCAUCAGCAGACUUUGCCUUCUCUUUCCUCGAUGCGGCUGUUCGAAAGACGAACUCGCAAAUUUCCAGCGCGGCAAUGGCCAUGAAAGGGCAAGCCUCCCCUUUCAGCCCUCCGGUGGAGCAGAAACUAUUCCCGUCGGGUCCACUGCUGCUUACGCCGCCACCAGAAGCCAUGCAGACCGCCAACAUGCUCCUCUUCAAUUCGACACUGGCUCAGGAAGAACGAAACCUACUUUCUGCAUUCACACCACCGGGAUCAGCAGGGUCCGAAGUCAGUCUACAUUCAUUCACCCUCGACGGAGGAGCCACAAGCUUGGCCGGAGCUGCCGACGCCAAGGGAUAUGGGCUUGUGAAUACCCAGGCCCAUGAGCAGCUCACCGACACUGACUUUGAUUCGAUGGUAGAUUUAGAAGGUGGCAGUAAUCUAUUUUCAAACAUUGAAGAUGGCAUCGAUGUGAAUAUGUCAUGGUUGGAUGCCUUUGAUGGAGACGGCCCGAAAUCAAGUAUACAGGAUUUCACAUUCACAAAGCAAGAGCAUUCCGAGGCUAGGAAUAUGUCGGGUUACGCCGAGCAAAUAUUGGACUUUGGCGGCGACCUUGACGUCGAUCUGGGCAUUCCUGUGGUUGGUUGAUGAUCCUGGGUCGGGAAAGUCACGGACCGGUCACAACAGUGUGCUUUUGUAUCAACGAUCAAAUGCGGUUGUAUUUAGUCUUAUGGGCUCGGUCAGGAAUGCGUGAGGCUGAAAACGAGCGCUCUGGAUCUUGGUGAUGUUGUUGGCGAGCCUCAUGCAUGCACCUGUACUCAGUGGAAAAGGUCAACUCGUCAGACAGCGAGACUAUUAUCUGGUCAGCGAAUAAUGUGCGUGAAUGUGACAAAGUCGUGCCUUAAGAGAAGCUCGAG